AUGACGAGAAAAAGCUACUCUUCUGUGACGAGUGCCGCAUCCACGACUAGUACCCAGCAGCCACCGCCAGGCCGCAAGAAUUACCUGCCACCUGCUUUCACCCUAUUGCAUACGUCUCUCUACUCACCCAUCUCUGUUAACCAAUACCGAAAAUGUCACAGGGUAUUCUGCACCAAUGGCUCCCACUGGGCACCGCGAGGAGACUUUUCCAAGUCUCAGCUUCAAAAGUGGCAUGGGGGCUUUGGCGAAACCAAGAUUUCAUGCUCCAAGCACACCAGUCUCGCCGCCGCAGAGCUGCGCUGCACCGGCCCAUGCGGUCGUGUUCUUGCCGUCACUUGCUUCUCGAAGAAUCAGCGCUCUGCCGGUGGAAGCCAGGAGUGCCUUGAUUGCGUCGCCUGGGGCCUCAGCCAAGAGCCCGGCCAUACUGUUCUCGCUACCGUAGACGUCAAUCAGACUCAGGAAGAGGCCUGUCGGGACCUGCUCUCUCGUGAAGCCCCCAGAAACAGGGCGCUUCAAAUCGAUGACGGCAACCAGAGAGCGUUGACAUUUGAGACCAUGAGCUCAACUGCCUCAAUGACCAGCGACACGAGUUUUGCUACUACUACUGCGUCUCGUGCUUCCUCUUAUAGCAUGGGACCCUGGGCCCGCCCGACUCAACGCAAGACGGAAUGGAUGGUUCCUACUUACCUUCAGGAGGUCCGAGAUGGUCGUGCCCCUGCCAGGCCUCCACCUCUGAUCCCGGAGGAGGCCUACGACAGCGACGGUUCUAUUGACUAUUGCUGA